AUAUAUAUAACUAUGGAGCAGAAGCAGUAAUAUCUGACCAAGAACAGAAAGAUCACUUCCUAAAAGAUGGCAAUAAUGGGCUGCAACACUGAUGGAAACAUGGACGUCACCAAGUUCAGCAAACCGAUGCCAUGGAUUGGCAUAUACAUAGUAGCAGGAUCUCUUGCAUGUUUCAUAGCAAUGGCUGCAGAUCUCAUAUAUGGAAUUCGUGGUCGCAAACUCUGGUUCCCUUGCAAAUAUUUCUGCUUAAACGCCACUUCCUUGGCCUUGAUAGCUGUUGCAGUGAAGUUGUCUGUGGAUCUGAACACCCCCAUGCCUCAUCACCAUGAUCAGCUAGCAAAACUUAGCAGCAGUGCCUUGAUCUGCACAAUAAUGGCUAACUCUAUGCCUUCUCUUGGUGUCACGGAGAACAAAGAAUCUAUGAUGAACAUGGUGGCUAUGGGCAUACUAGUUAUUACCAUGAUUGUGAAUAUUUGCAUCCAACUUGUUACCGGUGUUAUCUAUGUAUUCUGGGUGGAACAUAUUGUCAUCAUGUUACUCAUGCUCAUUUUGCUGAUGACUAUGACUUCCUCUGCCUUAACUCUUCCAAAGAUGAAGCAUCAUUUGGAGAUGAAAUAUAAGAUCAAUGAAGUGGCACUGAGAGAGAGCUCAAACCAAAUCGAGGGGGAGGUUAAUCAUGUCGUCAACAAACUCAGAGAUGAAUUAAUGAAGUUUUGGAUGAUGGCACACACCAGCAGCCCUCAAUUUGUUCUUGGAAGGUCAGUAAUAUGUACUGCAUCUGGUGCUUUCUGUCUUCUAAGUACCAUGACAUUAAUAGAGGCUAUGCUUCGAUCUUACUUGAUGCCAUGGUCGUUUAAAUUUUGUACUGGUGAGUGUGACUACAAAUGGUCCACUAUAUUGAUUCUCAUAGUUCAGGUUGCUGCAGUAGGAGUGGGUACUAUUGGUCCUGCAGGUAGAUGGUUCAUUGCCAUAACUUAUAGGUGCCCACUAGUGAGGGGUAAGAGCCGCAAAAGAAGAUUCGAAUUAGAAGGCUACUGGACUGAGAAGUUGGUGCUAAUAAAAGAAAGCCCUCUUGGUUUUCGAAUUCAUAAUCAGCAAUACAGAAAAUUGGCCCAUGAUGCAAAAAUACUUGUAUUGAGUUUCUGUAUUAAACUUCAGAUAGGGAUUGUGCUAGUGAGUAAAGCAACACAAUACGUUUCAAUAUUUUUCAUGUGCUAUAUCUUUGCAUGUUGCGAUUAUUGCAAGAAGUUGAGAGCCAAAUUUGAUCGUGGUGUCUCAAGCAUUAGCUCGGGAUCAGGGCAAAAGCAGGAUCUAAGAUGUUUUGUUCUGCAUCUUGAAGGUGAGGAAGAACUAGUUGAAGUGAUGAUGAAAGACAAUCGUGAUGCCACUAAUCACUGGAUUCAACUUGGAGAAAAAAAGCAGCCAAAACUUCUAAUGGAAUUAUUAGAGAAAUGUUCUAUCUUGCAAGGAUUGAAGGGAGUGGGAGCAUUUGACAGUGAUCAAGUUCUUUCUUUACAUGCUGGAGAAGCACCAAAUAGUUGGUCACUUCCUUUGGUGACACUAGCAAGCAUUAUAGUUGCACUUCCAAACAUUGAUAGGUGUUCAGUAAAAGAGUUGUUAGGUACUCUAAAUGAAGGGCUUCCCUAUGUAAAGUUCAUAGAAAAUAACCUGGACAAAGAAGGGAAAUUAAUUAAAGUCAGAAAGGCAGCAGAAAUUGUGUGGCUUGGAGUUGAUCUCUAUGAUAAGUGGCUAGAUGUGGAUCUUUAUAAGUUCUCCAUUCAAGAUAAGAGCCCCAAAGAGACACUUGAGAGACUAGUUGAUGCUGCAAAAAUCAGGUAUGAGAAGUUUAAAGCCAAAUAUCACAAUAUAUGCGCGAGGGUUGGCCCUUCAUCAUGGCCCAUCAAAUUAUUGGCAUCUAACUCCAUGUACAGAAUAAGCAAAACUACUCUCUUAAAUCACGAAAUCAUGAAAGACCAUUCGAGUAAGAGAUUGUUUGAAGCACUAACAGUGAUGAUUUCUGAUAUAUUGGGUGCAUGUCUCACUAACUUACCUCAUGUUAUAUCUACCAAGUGUUUGAAUAGUGCCAUUGAAGAGAGGGAGGAUAGUGUCAGACAAGCAGUUUACAUUCUUGGUAAAACCAAGAAGAUUAUAGAAAUGCUAGAAAAAAGAGCAUUUCCCAACUUGGCUUUCUGCCGAGGGACCAACAUUGAAGAUUGGCGUUUAAUGCAUAAGCAAAAAGGUUGCUUGCCCAUUGUUCCAUGUUCAUUGGAGAAUGACACUCAGAUAGCUCCUCCCAAAUCAAGCGACCUUUGCCUAAAUAUUGAGUGAAAAGCAGAGGCACUGGUGAUUUACAAUUUUGUACAUUGAUUGUUGUAGAAGUUUUCAGAUUUUGCUUUAUGCAUAAAGUUUAUGUAAGCUGAGAUCCACCAAUAUGUUAACCUGCAAUAAGAAUUUGUGUUACUAUUAGCGGUAGUUAUUUUAAUUAGCAGUAGUUAGCUUUCCUUUUAUAGUUAGCUAUAUCAGUUAGUUAGUUAGUUAGUUAGUUACCUUUACAGUUAUUUCAGUUAAUUCUGUUGUAACUUUCUUUUUCUCUUUCUUGAUUACUUUCAUGUAUAAGUAGUGAUCCUCAUGUAUCAGAAUCACUUAAUCAAUAAGAAUGUAUUUCUUUUAUUUUCUUCCUCAUCUUCUUUCAGGUUUUAUGGUAUAAGAGCUUUGAUAAAGCUCUGGUAUUCACUGUCCAUCGCUUCCGCAUUACAGUAAGCUCUCUGAUCAGAGUAAAUGGCUCAACCAGUUGCGAGUCAAGUUCCUUCUUCAACAUCCCCGUUGAUGGAUGUUCAGAAUAAUCAAAGUCCGUAUUUCUUGCAUCCAAAUGAGAAUCCCUCAUUGGUGCUAGUGUCUCCAGUUUUUGAUGGUAAGAACUACCAUACAUGGACCCGUUCCAUGAAG